AAGGCCGGGGGCGUGUCGCGCGCACGCGGCGCGUGCGGGCCCGGCCCGUUAAAGGCGCCCGGCGGCGGCGCGCGGCGGCCGCACUCGCCUGGCAGCGGGGCGGCAGCGGCUCCGCGGGGUCCCGGCGCCGCCGCCGCGGUCGGCAGGGCAGGGCAGGGCAGGGCAGGGCAGGGCAGGGCGGGGGGGGCUGCCCGCGGCGCAUGAUGUACACCAUCACCCGGGGCCCCAGCAAGCUGGCCACGCAGCGGCGCACAGGUCCCACGCAGCAGCAGGUGGAGAGCAAGCUGGGCGAGCUGCGCGGCCGGCACCAGCCCAGCGCCUGGCCCCUCUCGAGUCCAGCCCAGAAACUCGUCUUCAACAGAGUGAACGGCAAAAGGCCACAGGUGCUGCCCCAACAUGUUUCGGCCCCUGAGGAGUGCUAUACUUCAGCCCACGAGGAGAACGUCCGGUUCGUCUACGAAGCCUGGCAGCAGGUAGAGCAGCAGCUAGACGACAGCCAGAGAGGGGAGAACGUGUGCGGCCCUGUGCAAUACGUAGAGAAAACCCCGAACCCCGGACUGAAAAGGAGCCCAAACAAACAGGACGUCUGAUUUACGGCUCUUCUGGAAAAAAUGUCCUCUCCAGUGGCGAAGGUGGGCUCAACAUUGUGCUGGAGAGGUGCCCUCUGCACCAGCUCCCGCCAUGUUGGGUUCUGCUGUUGGGGACCUGACUCUCCUGUUCCCUGGGCUAAAUGGGACUGAGCCAGAGUGCAAUGGGAUGGGUGGGCAAGGUGCUUCUCCAAAGGCAGCUGGAACAAGGUCUGCAGGCAGCCAAGGCUGCUCUGAGCUGGAAUGAAUGCACCCUGGAGAGCAGCCUCAGGGCUCCUUCAGCAUCCAUGAAGAGAAGGUCCCCAUAAGGCACGAUCCAGCCUUGUUUGGGGGACAGGGACCAGGGACCAGGAAACCUCGGGGUGUCAUUUUCCCAGGGACAAGGAAUGUGGCUCUGAUGGGACCACCCUUUGCUGUACUCCCUUCUCCAGCUGCUCUGCUAUGCUCUUGUCUUUCUCUCCUUCCCCUGUCUUUCAGACUUUGUUCCCAUCGACCUGGAGGAGUGGUGGGCACAGCAGUUU